GUUCUGCGCCGCUCGCUGGAGGCUGCGUCCGCGGGCGGCGCGCCCCGGGCCUGGCCCGCGCAGGACUUCGUUCACCAUGAAAGGCUCGAGGACUGUCAGCAGGACCCCUGACAGCAACUCGGCCUGUGUGGAGCUUAGUCUGACCGGCCUCCCUCCCCCCAUGUCCCAGCGCCCCGGCAGUGCCUCCACCGCCAAGCCCAUCGUCCGGUCUAUCUCCGUGGCCACGGGCAGCGAGCCCAGGAGGAGGGCGCUGGAGGCCUCCGGGCCUGGAGCUUCUCGGGCCAUCAACAAUCUUCGCAGAUCCAACAGCACCACGCAGGUCAAUCAGCCACGGACCGGCUCUCCCAGGUCAGCAGAGCCCACCGACUUCCUGGCACUCUUUGAGGGCAGCACCGGUGAGAGGAGGGUGGGCAGCAAGGCGUGUGGCGAGCAGGGGGCCACAUGGAAUGUCCUGGAUGACCAGCCCAGGAGCCUCACCUUGCCAGCCAGCGGCCCAGGUUCUAGGUCCCCGGCAGGCCCACGGAGGAAAGAAAGCAUCCUGGCACCCAACUUCACUGCCAACAACAGAAGCAACAAGGGGACCGUAGGCAACUGCGUGACCACCAUGGUGCACAACCGCUACGCCCCCUCGGAGAGGCCGCCCCCCCCCAAGAGCUCCAACCAGACAGCCCCCUCCCUCAACAACAUCAUCAAAGCAGCGGCCAGUGAGGCCGGUGAGGGCGGCAGCUUCUCAGAGCCCCGGAAGAAUAACUCGGGUGGCGUCCAUGAGGCCCGCAGCGCCACCGGGCUGCUCAGGCGGAAGGAGGUGACGGAGGAGGAAGCCGAGAGGUUUAUCCUCCAGGUAAACCAGGCCGCGGUCACCAUCCAGCGCUGGUACCGCCACCAGGUGCAGCGGCGCCAAGCAGGAGCAACAAGCCUUGAGCACCUGCUGGCAUCUAAACGAGAGCUUUCUUGGCAGGAGCAGCGGCAGCAGCCAGGCAACAGGAGCUUCCUAGACCUGCACCGGCAGAAGGAGGUGGCAAGGAAGAAGGCGCGGGAGGAGAAGGCGCGCCAGGCAAGGCGCGCAGCCAUUCAGGAACUGCAGCAGAAGCGAGCCCAAAAGUCAGGAGAAGCUGAGUGUGGAGGGCCCAAGGACCACCGGGAGGCCCGGGUGCUGGGGCAGCCGUGGCCCACACAGGAGCCACCCCCCAUGCCAGGCAGCACGGGCCAGGUCCUCAAGGCCAACAACGCUGGUAUCAGUGCAUGCCCAGCAGCCCCCAGAGACCCCUCCCCGCCCGCCUCCCCCCCUGACUCGUCUCCAGAGCCCCGGCUGUCUCCGGAGGACAAGCCACAGGCCUGGGCGUCACCAGUGUCCCAUCCCGCCCAGGACACGUUAGCCCCAGAGGAUGUCCACUCCCCAGACAUGCUCCGUGAGGGCGCAGGGCCUGUGGGCCCCUCCAGGAGCAGGGCCAAGCCCAGGGCCACGUUGGAUGAGCUGCUGGACACACUGAGGCUGCUGGAGGAGGAGCCUGAGCCGCUGCCCCGCCCCAAGCCCUACCACAAGGACAAAUACUCCUGGAUUGACGAGGAGGAGGAUGCCAGCUCCCUGACUGCUGACAACCUGGAGAAAUUUGGGAAACUCAGUGCGCCCCCUGCCCCCAUGGAGGAUGGGGUACUGCUCUCCGAGGCCAAGCUGCAGAGCAUCAUGAGUUUCCUGGAGGAGAUGGAGGCGUCCACACAGGACCGGCCAGCUCCCCAGCGGGAGGGCCGGACACAGGAGGCGGGGCGGGGCCGCUCGGAGCUAGCCUCAGAGGGGAGCGUCUCCAUCAUGCGGCUGAAGCUGGAGGUGGAGGAGAAGAAGCAGGCCCUGCUGCUGCUGCAGAGAGCGCUGGCCCAGCAGCGGGACCUCACCCUCCGGAGGGUCAAGGAGACCGAGAAGGAGCUGAGCCGGCAGCUGCGGCAGCAGAAGGAGCACUACGAGGCCACCAUCCAGCGACACCUGUCCUUCAUCGACCAGCUGAUUGAAGACAAGAAGGUCCUGAGCGAGAAGUGCGAGGCGGUGGUGGCGGAGCUGAGGCAGGGCGACCAGCGGUGCCGGGAGCGCGUGGCGCAGAUGCAGGAGCAGCACGAGCUGGAGAUUAAGAAGCUCAAAGAACUCAUGAGCGCCACAGAGAAGGUGCGCAGGGAGAAGUGGAUCAAUGAAAAAACAAAAAAGAUCAAGGAGAUCACCGUGCGAGGCCUGGAACCCGAGAUCCAGAAGCUGAUUGCCAAGCACAAGCAGGAGGUGAGGAAGCUCAGGGACCUGCACGAGGCCGAGCUGCUGCGGCGCGAGGAGCAGGCCGCCCAGCGCCACCUGCGCCAGGCGGAGGAGCUGCGGGAGCACUUGGAGCAGGAGAAGGAGGCGCUGGGUCAGCAGGAGCGGGCCCGCGCCCAGCAGCGGUUUGAGCAGCACCUGGAGCAGGAGCAGCGAGCCCUGGAGCAGCAGCGGCGCCGGCUGUACAGCGAGGUGGCCGAGGAGCGGGAGCGGCUGGGCCAGCAGGCAGCCAGGCAGCGGACAGAGGUGGAGGAGCUGCGGCAGCAGCUGGAGGAGAGAAGCGCGGCACUGACCAGAGCUCUGCGGGCUGAGUUUGAGAAGGGCCAGCAGGAGCAGGAGCAGCAGCACCAGAUGGAGCUGAAGGCCCUGAAGGACCAACUGGAGGUAGAGAGACAAGCGUGGGUGGCCAGCUGCGCCAAGAAGGAGGAAGCUUGGCAGCUGAACCGGGAACGAGAGCUAAAGGAGGAGCUCCGGAAGGGCCGAGACCAGGAGAUCGAGCUGGUCAUCCAUCGGCUAGAGGCCGACAUGACACUGGCCAAGGAGGAGAGCGAGAGGGCAGCGGAGAGCCGGGUCAAGCGUGUGCGGGACAAGUAUGAGACAGAGCUCUCAGAGCUGGAGAAGUCAGAGCGGAAGCUUCAGGAACGGUGCUCGGAGCUGAAAGGGCGGCUGGUAGAGGCUGAGGGGGAGAAGGAGCGGCUGCAGGCCCUGGUGCGGAAGAAGGAGAAGGAGCUGGAGGAAGCACAGGCCGUGAACGCUCAGCUCUCAGGUGAGCGCAACAACCUCACCCAGGUGGUCCGCCAGGAGUUUGCUGACCGGCUGGCGGCCUCGGAGGAGGAGAAGCGGCAGGUCAGGGCAGAGCUGGCUGAGCUGCGAGCCCGUCAGCAGCUGGAGCUGGACGAGGUGCACCGGAGGGUGAAGGCCGCCCUGGCCAAGAAGGAGGAGGCGGUGAACAGUCUCCGGAGACAGCACGAGGCUGCAGUGAAGAGGGCCGACCACCUGGAGGAGCUGCUGGAGCGGCACCGGCGGCCGCUGAACGCCAGGUGACGCUGUGGCACAGACACCGGGCGGAAGUGGACGCCUGCCCGGGAUGGGUGUCCGGGCCAUCUCCCACCACGGCGGGGCUGGGGCUUCCCUCCUGCUCAGGACGCCGCUGUCUGCAUGCCCGCAGCUGUGCUUCGGUUCGGUUUCGUUUUUAAUAAGUAAAAUGUCAUUGUUUCUUA